UGUCAUUUUUAUAUCUAAUUUACAAAUUUUUUGCGUUAACGGCUGCAUGGUUAUAUUUUUUAUUGUUUUGUAAGUGAAAAAAAGUUAGAUAUUAUCAUCUUCCUAAUCGCGAUGUAUGUUUUGGACGGUCAUAACCUCGUCGUGCACAUCACGUAACUUCUAAAGGCUCCGAUGGUUAGGAAAACGAUGGUACUGAGCACGGAGUGGGCGCAGGUGGAAGUGGUUGAGCUUAUAAAUGAUGGUAAUGGAUUGGGUUUUAACUUAGUCGGCGGCAGGAGCACGGGCGUGGUGAUUAAGUAUGUGCUUCCCGGUGGAAUAGCUGAUAAAGAUGGGCGACUUCAGAGCGGAGAUCACGUACUGCAGGUUGGAUCAGUGAACUUGCGAGGAUUUACCUCUGAACAAGUUGCCUCUGUCCUGCGUCAGGCAGGGCCAACUGUUCGACUACUAGUCGCACGGCCUGCGGAUCCUGCAGCUGCACUCCGUGCUCCCCUUCCGGGGACAGCGCUUGUACCUACGAAGCUACUCGCUGACCCUGAACUUCUCGAUCGUCAUUUAAUAGAAACUGGUUACGGUGCAGUGUAUGAUUUAUCGCAAUGCUACAGUGACUAUAUAAACGGCCAAAACGGCGAUGUUGAGAACUUGGUGGCAGCUGUCAGCGUGUUAAGCGAGAAUCCACAGCAGAUCGCAGUAAACCCAAUUAUAGCUGACAACAUUUCACCAACAAUAACUAUAACAGUACCUGUUGAAAUACCAACUUUACCCGAGGUGGACAUCGUGCAUGUGAAUUUAAACAAGAAUGUGUAUGGCUUAGGAAUAACUGUGGCCGGUUAUGUAUGUGAGAAAGAAGAAUUAUCAGGAAUAUUUGUGAAAAGUAUAAUUGAAGGCAGCAGUGCCGAGCAAAGUGGUAAAAUCAGGAUUAAUGAUAGAAUUAUUGAAGUUGAUGGUGUUUCCUUAGCUGAUAAAAGUAAUCCUCAGGCUGUGGAGAUACUAAGAAAUACUGGUAUAUCGGUGCAUUUAGUUUUAGAAAGAUACUUGAGGGGUCCAAAGUUUGAACAUCUUCAGUUAGCCAUAUUCAAUGAGGAAAGACCAACGUCACCAUCACCCUCGGCUACCACCCUCACUUGGUUUCCAGUGCCUUCACAAGCUGACAAUAGUACAGUUGAAAUUGAACCAGAGCCUGUGUCUAAUACUACUAUAGAUUCAAGUGUGUUAGAAGUUGGUGAUGACAAUGAUCAUGAAGAUAAUGAACCAACCCAAGAAGAAUUAGAUAAAAGAAUUGAUGCAAUACUGGCAAUAGGUGAAGAGGUGAUCAGGAAGAAAUGGGAAGAAGAAAUUGGAACAGAAAAAGAAAUAAUAGUAGCUGAAGUACACAAGCUUUCAGGUUUAGGAAUAAGCCUAGAAGGAACGGUGGAUGUAGAAGGAGGUCAGGAAGUGCGACCCCACCAUUAUAUAAGAUCUGUCCUUCCCGAGGGGCCAGUUGGACAGCAAGGCACGCUCACUGCUGGUGAUGAGCUACUUGAAGUUAAUGAGUACAGGCUGCAUGGAUUAACACAUACAGAAGUUGUAAAUAUUCUUAAACAAUUACCAAAUCGUGUGCGUCUAGUUUGUGCUCGAAGUAACACUGAGGGUGGGCCUAGACCUGUUAUUAAUUUAGCACAGGACCGAGAAGGCUUUGAAGCAAGGAAAAUCAUAUCCGGCAGCUUAAACAAUUUAACAACUCUUGUAAAAGCUCAAUCAGAUACAUCUAUAAACACAUCCAGUACUGCAACAUUGACUAACCACUCUAGUCAGUCCAAAAAAUCCAAGUCCUUGGAAUGUGUAUCUGGCUUAGCCAUGUGGCAAAGUAGAGAGGACAUUGUGGAACUUAUUAAAGGAGAUCAGGGUCUCGGUUUUUCAAUUCUGGAUUAUCAAGAUCCAGUAGACCCUAAUGGGACUGUAAUUGUAGUUAGAAGCUUGGUACCUGGUGGUGUAGCUGAGAAGAAUGGUGAAAUAUCACCUGGAGAUAGAGUGAUGUCAGUAAAUGGAAGUAGUAUAAAAAAUGCAACCCUUGACCAAGCUGUGCAGGCUUUGAAAGGAGCACCUCGGGGAAUUGUACGCGUCGGCAUUGCAAGACCACUACCGUCAAAUGACAAUUCAAAAUCAAAAAGCACCACAACACUUAAUACAAAAACGAGCUAAUCUUAACUCCAUGACUUAACUCACUGUGUUACGACUAGUCAACGUUAAAACCAUAUCUAUUGUACGCUUAGUUAAGCAUGAUUUACACUUAGCGUUUAAAACGCAGAAUAUAAAACAGUAGAUACAGAUAAGCCUAAGUUAUACACUACAAAUGUUAGGAUUUUAGAAUGGCAAUCGCACCAUAGAAUCGUUUCGUAUAGAAUAGUUUCAUGAGACAUUUAAAUGUCCUUAGCUCAUCAUAACUGGGCUCAAGAUCUGCAAUACAAUAAUACCUUACGCUUUACUAGAUAAUUGUACAUUUUUAAGUCACAUGCCCUUUUGUAUUGCACAUAUUUUAUUACAUGUAGAAAAAAUUUGUAUGACAUUAACAGUAUGAAACAGCUAUUUAAAUUUUGCUUUAAACAUAUAUACAAGUAAGAAAUAGAUUUACUAAAGAUAAUUUUAAUUGCAUUUAAAAAAAGUACAAACACCCUUUUUAGUUUGAAUAUCAUUAUUGGUUUUGUAUAUUUUUAUGUUUAUAACAUUACCAAAUGAAAUUAUAGAUGAACAUUGGUCUAUUAUGUUUUUUUAAGUAAUAUAUUUGUCUUAUGAAUGAAUUCACUAUACAUGUAACAGAAUGAAGGUUUUAUAGAUUUAUAAAAAUAUCACAUAAUACAACUUUUGGAUCAUCCCAUAGAGUUAGAUAGGAUUAUAGAAUAACACGAAUAUUGUAGAUGUUAAACUAAGGGAGCAAUUAAAUAAAAUAUCUUCUAUUAUAUGUAAAUAAAUAAAUUAGAAUCUCAUAAACAUAUAGACAUAUUAAAGUAUAUUUAUAAGAUGUUUUACACAAUAGUGAAAUAUAUUCUUGCUUCCUUUGAAUUUAACAUUUUUUUUUUUAUUGUGAAGCGAUUUUAAAUGUAUGUAUUUAUUAUCUAUAUUAAAAUAAAUUUAUAUAAUAUAUUCAUUUAUUGAAAAUAAGAUUAUACAGUAUUAAAUACUUUGUACCUUUUCUCAACAUUAAUAUAAAUCGGAGUUCAGAAUAUUAAAAAGGAUAAAGGGUUCCUAGUCGUUGUUGUACCCUUCAAACGUAAGUGCACAAUAAAUUAAAAAUGCACAUGUGAUAUUUUUAUUUACAUAUUAAUGUUUACAAAUAAUUUCUGUGUUUACGUAAUUAAUUAAUAAUUUUGUAUGUUCAAUGUGUUUUAUUAAAAUUUAGUCUACUAAAUGACGAUGGGCCGAACUUUGUUGUAACGAAUACUAUUAAUCGGCCGAUUAUUUUACAAACGCUUACAUUCAUCUGACGCUCGGAUGGGUCGUCUGAGAUGUAUAUUGUAACUCAAGCGUCCUAAUUCCUACGUCACCAUUUUUAAAUCGACAUUAAAGCUCGUUUUUUUUUAAAGUAUUGUCACAUGUCAGUUAUGGUAUAAAAUAUAGCAACAUUCAGCCGAAUAUUCGUGUUCAGUACAACUCAUAACUAUUCGAUCUACCAAUUUCGCUAACUACUAACAAAACAGUCAAUUUUUAUAAUUAAAUUAAUAGAAUUAACUAUAGUCCAUAAAUUCAUUUAACGUAGAUCUAAAGUUGCGUUUCCACUAAACGAAAAAUAACUUGUGGUAACUUGGAUUUUCAAUUAGGAUAGCAAUCAUUUUUUUUUUUAUUUAGAUAGUCUUGUAUUUCAGUUGCAAACAGAAAUUGCAAGCUAUUUCAGUGAAAUCGCAACCAAACAGAUCAAUUAUAUUGUUAAGACAUUUCAUGUUUAGAUAUCGUUUAAUUUUAGAAUAGUUAUUUGUUUUUUCAGCGUUAACAAUGUUUUUUAUAGAACAAAGAAACGUAACAAAAUGAAAUUCCCUUGUAUGCUGAUUUUAUGUAUUAUUGAAGUAAAUAUAAUAUAUGCCUUUAUCAAUCAAGUGUAGUAUCUGUCUAGACUUUAUAGUGAUCUAAAACAAUAACUAGAACUCGAGUGUCGUCAACAACAGUGUACUAAAAUGUCUGAUAUCAAGUUUUAUAUGCUGUUUUAACAAAUCUAGAUAACUAUAAAAGAAAUGUUAUAUUGCAUUUUUGUUAUUCUUUUAACUGUGUCUUGUGAACAGUCAGAGAUAUAUAUCUGUUUUUUUUUGUUAUCUGUAAGUUUAAUAUUAAAAAUUAAAAUAUUGUCUAUUUGUCUGUUAUAUGCGUUAUGUG